AUGGCGUGUUCUCUUCCAGGACCUUUCCAGAAGCCCCGGAGAAGACAAGGCACCCUGGCCGCCACGGUCCGCGCGGUGCUGACUGCCAGCUCGCGGACACUUCCGAAGGCAGACAGAGCCCGGGCGGUGGCCGCCGGCCGCGCCCAGCCCGAGGGCCAGGCCGCCCCAGCUCACCCCUCCGGCCUCGGCGUGUGCUCAGCCUCACGUCGGGGGUGUGUGUCUGCGCGGGCGUGUGUGAGUGCGGCAGGGGUGGGCUGGGGCCGGGAGAGAAGCUCCGGGAGAACUCCCCUCGGGCGCCAGGGGGCCGCCUCGGAAGGCCGGCCUGCCUCGGGCCGCACAGGCUCGCGCUCCCCGCCCCCGGCCGCUCUGGGCUCUGCCAAGUGCUCGGAGCGCCCAGAACUCACGGCCGGGAGCUCGGAGCCCAGACGCCGGGGAGGCAGCCCCGGUCCGGACUGCAAGACCGAGGGCAGCAAGAAGAGGCGAACAAAUAGUCCCCAGCGCCUCCUGCGGCCGCGGUCGGGGCGCGUGGUCCCCGUCGCCACCGGGAUGGCCGAGUCAGGCCAGGCCGAGCUCGGCGCACCGGCCGGGACCCGUGGGCUCUAA